AUGAAGAGGAUUAUCUUGAAGCAGCCAAAGUAUUACAAAGCAUUCAACUUGAUUCGGGUCAUCGGAGCAUUUCAGAUGAAUACAAGCUUGGGAUUUAUCUCGAAUGACCUCGUCCUCAAUUUGACAUUCAAGCUUUGCCAAGCACGCAUCCUUGACGCCAAACGACGUUUCCUCGAAGCAGCCACCAAAUACCAUGAAUUGAGCUAUGAGACCCGAAUUGAUGAAUCCGAUCGUCUUCGAUGCUUAAUGUAUGCAGUGCAAUGUGCUGUGUUGGCAGGAGUUGGUCUUCAACGAUUGUGCAGGUUGGCUACGCUUUACAAGGAUGAAAGGACACACCGCCAUCUUGCAACAUUCCCAAUACCUGGAAAGCCGUACAUGGAUCGUAUGAUACGACAAAACGAAGGUGCCGAUUUUGUCGCCACUUUACAACACCAUCAUUGCACCAUACGUGAAUACAACCUGCUCUCUGCAUCCAAAUUUACAACAAUAUCACAUUCGAUGAACAUGCAGCUUAUUGAAUGUUUCGAGUUACAAGGCGGAGGAAUUUGCAGGUCACAUGAUCAGUGA